AUGCCUGCAAACGCCGACGCCCGCGAUGCUCUGGUCAAUCGCCAGCUGCCCGAGAUGCAGCUAUCCGACGGCUCGGCAUCCUCGAUGACCGGCCCGCCACCACCCGCGCCUCAUUAUCUGAAUGCCGAGGGGAGAGCCCGUUACCGGUUCGCCGUCGAAGGCAAUGCCAUACUCACGGGCGGCGCUGGAACUCUGGCGCUAGAAGGCGCUCGCGCUCUUCUCGAACAUGGUGCGAGCGGUGUGGCGCUCUUCGACAUCAACCCGGCGCACGCCGAAGAGCAGAUCCAAAAGUUGCGCGAGGAUUUCCCGGACCAGAAGGUCGUUGCUAAGAAAGUGGACGUCACUGCUCCAGAGAGCAUCAAUUCUGCUGUGAAGGAGACUGCCGAAGAGCUUGGAAGUGUUGACAUUCUUGCAUGCUUCGCUGGCGUCGUAGGAUGCACCCACGCGCUGGAGAUGUCGCCAGACGAAUGGCGCCGAGUCAUGGACAUAAACUCUACCGGUGCUUUCCUCUGCGCGCAAGCUGCUGCCAAGCAGAUGGUUGAGCAGAAGACUAAGGGUUCAAUUGUCUUCAUUGCUUCCAUCUCUGCACACCACGUCAAUUUCCCGCAGCCCCAGGUCGCAUACAACGUCUCCAAGGCUGCAGUCGUUCAUCUGAAGGAUUGCCUCGCAGCUGAGUGGGCCCGCUAUGGUAUUCGUGUGAACACCAUCAGCCCAGGCUACAUGGACACAAUCCUCAACGAAGGACCAGGUCUGGAGAGGGCACGCAACGCGUGGGCCUCCCGCAAUCCAAUGGGGCGAAUGGGAGUUCCUGAGGAGCUUACGGGGCCCCUCAUCCUACUAACUUCGAAUGCGGGCAGCUACAUCAAUGGCGCUGAUCUCCUUGUGGACGGUGGCGCCAUGGUUCUUUAG